AUGAAUGAUACUAAAAGUGCCCCUUUGGGGAGAGAAGUUUUGGUUGAAUUCUUGGAAAAACAUAAUGCACGACCCUCUGUGCCCGGCGUAGACUGGGCUCGGGAAAAUUGGUAUAGUUUGCAGAGUGUGGUUGAUCGAACGAAUGCUUUGCAAAAGGAUAUGAGAAUAAGAUCAGGAAGGGGAAAAUCGAUUGUUUGUGCUGUUCUCGGUGCCAGUUUGGCCGCUGCUGUAGACGCUAGGGAACACUGUCGCAUUGAGGAAUCCCAAAUUGGUGAAUCCCUUCAAAGCCUUGUUCGGUCCUUGCAGGGCCAAGUGGUGGAAUUAAAGGAACAGCUUGAAAAAAAGAGAGGCCAGGUGAGACAUCUGCAGACUGCUCUUAAGGAGCAACUCCUUGCAGGCAAUGCCCAUGAGGAAAUAUCCUCGAAGUCAGAAACUGGUUACCCGUUUGGCAACUUACAGGCAGCAAGAGAAAGAGUAGAGAAAUUAGACCUGCCCUCGUUGCGACCCUUGGUUAAGACCGAGUGUGUUUAUGAUGAUGAUCAGGAUCAGUUCCCACAAGUCGCAACCAAGAAGGUCCCCUAUACCGCCACCGAGUUGACAAAGUUAAAAAAGGAUUUUGGCUGAACUCCUAGGGAGUAGGAGACGGAGUAUGUGUGGAGAAUAUCGUUAUCUGGAGGGGAUCAGAUUUUCUUGAGUGAAAAGGAGGCGGAGGGGUAUUGGGGACCGGGAGUAUUUUUAACUACUGGAAAUUAUCGUGCCCCUUGGUCAUUAACCCAGUGGGCAGCCUAUUGGGUGGGGGGCUUGAACCCCUUGGGGGGGGAUCCCCUCGCAAUUACAAGGACUGUUGAUCAAUUGGUGGAAAGUGUGCAGAGAGCUUGUUUGCAGAUGAUGUAUGAUCGAAAGUUGGAGCCUAGGCAGGAGUCCCCGAUGAUGAUGCCGGUAGACCCCAAACGAAUGACUCCCCUUAUAAGGGGACUCCCCGGUUCCCUGAAGCUGAUUGAUAUACAAUUACAGGGAAUACAGGCAAUGCCUCAAGGCAAGAGAGUUGCGGCUGCUUUAGAAGGACUUACGCCCAAUCGGCACCGCUUGCCCCCGAAUAGGAAGAUGUGGACUUGGGGGGAGGUAGCCCAAGAAUUGAUUAAUUACGGGCGCAAGUACGGCACCGUCAACCUUCCAGCCACUAAAGCAGACUCCAGGGGCCUGAGGCGAGCUGAAGUAAAAAUGGUUCCGUGCCCUGGAGGUGAUAGAAUAACAUCUCUUGUUAAAUCACCUGUAUCACCUGGAGGGAGGGACAUUCCAAAUAAGUGCAAUAGCCUGUGCACAAAGGGAUGGCAAAAGGGGAUCCCGCGGGAUUUAAUGGACGGGUUGCCAACAGACAAGUUAGAAAAAAUGGUGUCUGGAUGGCCUGAUAAGCUGACAGACAAAGAGGAUGAAGGCGACGGAUUGGGUGUUAAGUUGUAUGAUGAUCUCAAUCGAUAUCGGCGGUCUAUUGAUACCUCUAUAGCAGGUGGAAGUGGUCAAACUUGGGGCAAAGACAAGUGGACCCCUCAACGUAUUAUACAACAUUAUGGACCUGCCACCUGGAACUCCAACGAGUGGGCUAGUGGUGCUCGAGAACCUAUCUAUAACCUAAACUGCAUUAUUUGGUUGCAAGCCAUUCUAGAGAUUAUUACUAACGAGACAGCCCGUGCCCUGGAUCUAUUAGCAGAUCAGGCCACACAAAUGUGA